CUGCAACUGCUGUGGUAAACCACAUACAGAGUAUCACACACUUUCCUGUAACUUCUUUUCCGGUCUCCCUGUCAGUGGGGGUGGGGUUGGGGUGGUCGCGUAACAUUGCCGGCUAACCCCACCCCCCCGGCACUGCAUUUUUGGUUUGCCCCAGAGUUUCGGCACAGUCCGUCGAUCGUUAAACGAAGAUGGCGGAAUCGCCCGAGAUGUGGUCGGGACGGCAUUAAACUCCGAUAACAAGAAACAAAAAUAUAAAAAUAUACUGGAGUGUUUGGGGAAGUCGGUUGACGUAGACGUUCGAGGGAAAUUGAUUGCAAUCAGGAGGCUACAGUCUCCAUUGAGUGCCGAGUGACUUCGCAGAGACGAACGCCGGGAAACACCACUGAAAUGCGAGCUGGUGGACGCAUUGAGAGUCAGCGGUUCAGCCUGUCCGUGUUUGUGCGAGCAGCAGACUGCCUCUUGUGCCCCAAUGCCCAACUUCCUUUGUUUACACCACCCCUCCACACAGGUCUGUGACCUACCUCAUGCAUGCUGGGAAGGAUGCAGACUGGGACUCCAAGAGCAGUGCUCAGUGUUAGCAGCUGCUGCUGCCACGACGAUGGCUUCUAGAAUGGAUGGAGGGCGACGGCACUGCUGAAGAUACUGCCUGGGAAGGUGGUUUAAGUACAUGCGAUAACACCCAUGACGGCUGUGAGCUUGCUCUGCGCAAGUGACUGAGGACUAGAGUGUACAAUCGCCUAAAGAGGGCGAGAAAGCUAACCUGUGUGGAGGGGUGGUGUCAACAAAGGAAGUUGGACAUUGGUGCACAAGAGGCAGUCUGUUGCUCAAGGUGUUUCUGCAAGGGAGCUGUUGUACACCAGAUACGAGAACCUGGUUUGAUCGAUCGAUAAAGGCAGGAUUCCGGUACCAGCUGGAAAAGGCUAGAGAGAAGAAGUACAUGCUGAGUCAUGGGUUAUGCGGGCCAUGGUGACCUAGCUUAAAUGGCUUUCUACAAGCAGAACUCAGUGCUAGUAUCUGUUGGUCAGCCCCACUCCUUUUCCUUCUCCGCUGCCUCAGGUUGCCACCUCCGCCACUCUUUUGCCAUCCUUGAGUCCUGCUUGAUCCCAACUUUGACUGUCCCCCCCCAGCAACGCCAUGAUGGGCGUCUGGAAGCUGGUGCGGGGCAUGAGGCAGAUGGAGCUGCAUCGCCUCAUCUUAGCACUCAUAGUCUUCUGUCUGCUGUCCAUGGCUUUCCUUGCUUACUAUGUCAGCAACAACCCCAAAAUCAAGGAAGGCCCCCCCCUCCCCAUUAGCGAUUGUGUGGCAGUAGCCACAUCAACAGGAGGUCAGCGCGUGCCCCUGUUUCUUCCCCCACAGGCCAACCGGCAAUUUCUUAAACCAGUGGACAAUUCGCGCACAGACCCUGUGGUGCUAGUGUUUGUAGAGAGCGUUUACUCUCAACUAGGCCAAGAGAUUGUGGCCAUCCUGGAGUCUAGCCGCUUCAAGUACCAGACAGAGAUUGCUCCCGGGAAGGGUGACAUGCCCACAUUGACUGAAGGGGACCGGGGGCGCUACGCCCUUGUCAUCUACGAGAAUGUUCUCAAGUAUGUCAACCUGGACGCCUGGAACCGUGAGCUGCUGGACAAGUACUGUGUGGAGUUUGGUGUGGGGGUCAUCAGCUUCUUCAAGGCCAACGAGAACUCACUACUCAGUGCUCAGCUCAAAGGCUUCCCUUUGUUCCUGCACUCGAACCUGGGCCUGCGUGACUACCGCAUCAACCCAGCUGCCCCACUACUUUACAUCACCCAAGCCAAUGAGGUGGACCAAGGCCCAUUACCCGGGGAUGACUGGACAGUUUUCCAGUCCAACCAUAGCACCUAUGAACCUGUUCUCCUGGCCAACACCCAUUCUCCAGAGGCUCUGCUCCACUUAGGUUCCAGUCAGGUGGUUCAUGCUACCGUGGUACAGGACCUGGGCCUCCAUGAUGGCAUCCAGAGGGUGUUCUUUGGUAACAACCUGUCCUUUUGGCUGCACAAGCUAAUCUUUGUGGAUUCCAUUGCCUACCUAACUGGCAAGCGAUUGUGCCUGUCUCUGGACCGUUACCUUUUGGUCGAUGUGGACGACAUCUUCGUAGGCAAAGAGGGCACUCGCAUGAAGGUGUCUGACGUUGAGGCUCUCCUCAGUGCUCAAAAAAGGCUCCGCGUCCUGGUGCCCAAUUUCACCUUCAACCUGGGCUUCUCUGGAAAGUUCUACCACACCGGCACUGAUGAGGAGGAUCGGGGUGAUGACAUGCUGCUGCACCACAGGAAGGAGUUCUGGUGGUUCCCUCACAUGUGGAGCCACAUGCAGCCACACCUGUUUCACAACGUCACUGUGCUGGCUGAGCAGAUGCGCCUCAACAUGCUCUUUGCCAAGGAGCAUGGGAUUCCCACAGACUUGGGCUAUGCCGUAGCCCCCCACCACUCAGGGGUGUAUCCCGUGCACAGCCAGCUCUAUGAGGCCUGGAAGGCUGUGUGGGGCAUUAAAGUGACCAGCACAGAAGAAUACCCUCACCUGCGGCCCGCCCGAUAUCGCCGGGGCUUCAUCCACAAUGACAUCAUGGUGCUGCCCAGACAGACGUGUGGCCUAUUCACGCACACCAUCUUCUAUAACGAGUAUCCUGGGGGCUCCCGUGAGCUGGACAGGAGCAUCCGGGGGGGGGAACUGUUCCUCACGGUCCUGCUCAAUCCGAUCAGCAUCUUUAUGACCCACUUGUCCAACUAUGGGAACGACCGACUGGGUUUAUAUACCUUUGAGUCCCUGGUCAAGUUUGUGCAGUGCUGGACCAACCUGCGGCUCCAGACACUGCCUCCAGUCCAGCUGGCUGAGAAGUACUUCACCAUCUUUCCUGAAGAGAGGGACCCCUUGUGGCAGAACCCAUGUCAUGACAAGAGGCAUAAGGACAUCUGGUCCAAGGAGAAGACUUGUGACCGGCUCCCCAAGUUUCUAGUGAUUGGUCCUCAAAAAACAGGCACCACGGCGCUCUACUCUUUUCUAACCCUGCACCCAGCCAUCACCAGCAACUUCCCCAGCCAGUUCACCUUUGAAGAGAUUCAGUUCUUCAGUGGAUCCAAUUAUCAGCAUGGCAUCGACUGGUACAUGGAUUUCUUUCCCUUCCCCUCCAAUGCCAGCACUGACUUCCUGUUUGAGAAGAGUGCCAAUUACCUGGACUCAGACGUGACCCCAAGGAGGGCUGCUGCCCUGCUGCCAAGGGCCAAAAUCCUGGUCGUACUCAUUAACCCAGUGGACCGGGCGUACUCCUGGUACCAGCACCAGAGGGCUCACCAGGACCCAGCUGCCCUAAAUUAUACAUUCCACCAGGUGGUGUCAGUGGGUCUUGACUCCUCCCCUGAGCUCCUGACCCUUCAGCGUCGCUGUCUGUUUCCUGGGGCCUACGCCAUGCACCUAGACCGCUGGCUGCGCCACUACCCUCCUAGCCAGCUGCUGGUCGUGGAUGGUGCAGUGCUUCGGUCAAAUCCUGUGCAGGUGAUGGAAGGUGUCCAGAGGUUCCUGGGAGUCACGCCUAUCUUCAACUACACUCAGGUCCUGGUGUUUGAUGAAAACAAAGGCUUCUGGUGUCACAGGGUGGAUGGGGGCCGUCCCAAGUGUCUGGGCAAGAGCAAGGGCAGGAAGUACCCCGAAAUGGCCCCAGAGACGAGAUCCUUCCUGUCUGAGUAUUACCGCGAACACAACAUGAAGCUGCUGAAGCUGCUGAAGCAGCUGGGCCAGGCACUGCCCACCUGGCUGAGGGAGGAGAUCCAGAACACCAGCUGGAGCUGAGAAUGGGGGUUCAGGCGGCGGAUGUGGUGGUGGGAAGGCGCCCUCUGCCAUCACCCUCUGGCCAGGAUCCUUUCUCUGUUCUGUAUCCCGUUGUAGCCAAGAGUCUCCAUUUCUGGCUCGAUGUAGCACAGACUCACCGUGCCAACAUCCAUUGAACUUUGGCCUCUGGCAGUUGCACUGUUGGCAAGCAAGUGGAUGUGAGAACUCUUACCCUCCCAACCACCAGCCACAGAACUUGGAAACACUAUGGACACAAGAUGGUGACUGGGAUACAGUCAUAGUCUUCCUUUGGAAAAAUGUAAAAUAUUGUACAUGUUCUUUUUUUAAAGCGGUUGUAUAUUUUGGGUUAGGGUAGCGUGGGUCACAUGGUCUUAAAACAGACACGACAAAACCCGUCCCAUGGAUUGCUGGAUAAGAGAUGCUUUCUUUGGUCUGCUCUCUGCCUACGACUGAAACAAACACACACUGCCACUCCUCUACAGACAAUCAGACAAGCCUGCAGGGGCCUGCUUUGUGCAGGGGAGAGUGGGCGAAGGGCCCCGGGACAGGGCUACUAGACAGUACCAUAGAUCAGUGUUUCCCAACCCAGUUCUUGGGGAACCCCGGACAGUCCACGUUUUUGCUUCCUCUCAGCUUCCAGCGCACCUGUACCAAGUAUUCGGUGUUCCUGAUUGGCUAGGAGCUGGGAGGGAGCAAAAACACAUACUGUCCGGGGUUCCUCAAGGACUGGGUUGGGUAACACUGCCAUAGAUGGUGGGACAGGGGUCAAAUGUCCAUAUCAAGAGCUGCUGUCGGGUUUUUUUUGUGUAUUUUGUAAAAAUGGUCUCUAAAAUGAAAAAGUACCAAUGCAGUAUCAUCUCCAAUAAAUGCAGAGAGGUUGACAGCGUCACUCUUCUGUUAUUUCCUCAUUUCCUUGGUCUGCUGGUGUGCAGAUGUACUUUGUUUUGUGAUUAAAAUCCCCUUCGUAAGUGCCCUGCUGGACAGUGUGCUUCUUUUUGGUGGACAUGUGAUGCGCUGCAGCCAGAAAGCUGUGUGGCUUCGCGCUUACGGCACUUGAUUGUGAGCCUGUAUGGCAGCAAGAAUUGCCUAACGUGUCCACUUGUGUCUGUAUGAAAGUGUGUCUCGUGCAGCUUCUGUCAGUUGGUAUAAAUCAUUGGAUGGAAGCCAGGCUGACAGGCCAGCUUUAUAUAUGUAGACUCUCAAGAUGGUUCAGUAUCUUAAUCAUCAUCCCAGCUGCAUGAUAAAUUGGUGUGAAAAUGUUAAGUAGGCACAUCUUGUUGAUUAAUCAGAAUUCAACAGUUAACAAGUGACUUGACCUUCAUUACAAUGCCUUUGAAGCAUUUAAUUCCCCAAAGGCCUUAAGUCUGAUAGGCUGACGGCUGUUCUAAGGAAAGGCCCGACAGCUCACCUGGUUCUGCCCGAUCGCUCACCAAGUGGAGUGUGCAGGUUCUAAGAGUGAUGCGCGUCUGUUGCAACAGUGUGUGGCCUCCAGUGUCACUGUGUUUGGGUCCCCUGGAUGGUAGUAGUUCUGUGUCAUGCCUGUCUAAUGAAUCUGCAGAAUGAAUUUGGGGGGGGUCAUUUGCUUACUUGCUGUGUGGAGCUGCAGCGACAGCGAGUACAGUACAGUACAGUAAGACACUUGGUCAGAUGUCGUCUUUGCAUUCUUAUCCAAGGCAUAAACAGACUUCCUGAAUUUGGCUACUGCAUAGAGAGCUGCAGCCUCCUGUCUGUCACGCAGGUGCCGCUUUAAGCUGAGGUCUACUUGGUGUGUUGCUGCCUCGUUCGGAUCCAUUAAGUGUUCAGACAGAAGUAACCAAUGGUAUUCUGUGAACUGAGGGUCAUUCUCUCUGACUGUAAGCCUUUGCCCCGCUGCCCACCCUGAGUCUAAUAGUUUACUGCUCUGACAUUUUGAUAAUGAGCUCAAACAGUAUAUUGAGUUGAAUGUAUAAUUCAUACUUUGCGAGUCAUCAGUUCUCUUUUGUUACAUAGGUAAUGAAAUAAGCUGCCCUUUAAAGGAUGACGAACAAGCCACAGUCGAAAUAUUAUUUAUUAAAUACUUUCAGAUCAGGUUUCAAUAACAAAGCUAUGAAGAAGACCUACAAACAUUCAAACAAACACCUGGCAAGUUUGCUUAACUCAUGGUUUAUUUUUUUUUUAUAUGAUCAUGCAAAAUCCAGCAUCCAAUUUGAAACUCGAGUAUAUGAAGCCCCGUAAGUGUACUAUUACAAUGCAGGAGUUUACUAAUAAGGGGACAUACCAAGCUAAGGUGAGCUUCUCAAGUGUCUCACAUCACGCAUAUGUGAGGCUGCACAGUGUGCAUUUACCUCAGAUGCAACUAACUUUUAAGUAAACACAAACUGAAAAACAUUUUACCAGAAAGUAGACAUGCAUAUUUCCUUCUCUUGUAAAACUGCAUAUAUGGUUUUGUUACGCUGUGGCUUACGGUUCCCUUAGUAUUGUGUGUCCGGGCUCUGCAGCAGUGACUGUUUCAGUUUAGUGUCCUCCUCUGUGUUCCCUUUUUUAAUAAUGUAAACUGGACUUUAGCUUGAUCUUUCCCCAAAUUCGCACUCACUCACACGUGCACACGCAUGUAAUGAAAACACUUUACCAGGCAACCAGUUCUCACAGCGCAAGUCACACGUUGAAACGACUUAGAACAUCACAUCAUCUAGUACACUGCAACAUGGAGACAGUGUCAGGUGUUUAACUCACAGAGCUAACAUUGUGUUACACAGCACAGUUGGGGGGAUGUUACACAGUGUGAAGAAGGCAGAGCAUUAUU